AUGUACAACACAAUGGAUCAAAUCAAACCAGAUCCUCAGCCCGAGGCCGCCGAAUCAGCCUCAUCGACCAAAUCCAUUGAACAGAACCCAGAGUCCGGAAACACAGAACUCGAAAGAGCCCUCCAUGGCCGCCAUCUCCAAUUCAUCGCCAUAGGUGCUGCUGUAGGUACAGGCCUUUUCAUCGGAACAGGAAACGCCCUUGCAACAGCCGGUCCAGUCUCUCUCCUCAUAGCCUUCAUCUUUGUCGGAACACUGUUGUUCUCUGUAAUGACAGCGCUCGGUGAAAUGGCUGCGUAUAUUCCUGUCGCAGGUGCAUUCACCACAUACGCGACGCGAUUCCUUGACCCAACAUUCGGGUUCGCGAUGGGCUGGAUUUAUUGGUUCAGCUGGUCAAUCACUUUCGCACUGGAAUUGACUGCAGCUGGAUUGAUUAUCCAAUAUUGGGAGAAGAGUCUGAAUAUUGGAAUUUGGAUCGCUGUCUUUUGGGUUCUUUUCACAGCGGCUAACUUCAUGCCUGUUCGCUGGUUUGGAGAAUUCGAGAUGUGGUUUUCGAGUAUCAAGGUCGUCACGAUUAUCGGAUUCAUUAUCUUUUCAAUCUGCGUCAAUGCAGGCGUUGGCGACCAAGGGUAUCUCGGGUUCAAAUACUGGAAAGACCCUGGUGCCUUCAAUGAACAUAUCGUGGAAGGCGGGAUUGGACGCUUUGUUGGCUUCUGGUCCGUCUUGAUCACCGCGGGUUUCAGUUAUCAAGGGUCUGAGCUAGUAGCUAUCGGUGCGGGCGAAACCAAGGAUCCUCGAAAGACAAUUCCUUCUGCCAUGCGUUGGACCUUUUGGGGCGUCUUUUCCAUCUUCAUCGCGACGGUCUUCUUUCUUGGUCUCAAUAUCCCUUCAACGAACAAGGACCUUCUUAGCGAGGGUCACGACGCUUCAGCAUCACCUCUAGUUAUCGUUGCUCAGUUAGCGGGAGUUCCCAUUCUGCCAUCGAUCCUCAACGCAGUCUUGUUGACGGCUGUUUUGACUGCUGCCAACUCAGACGUGUAUUCAAGCAGUCGAAUUCUCAUCUCCCUUGCCGACUCAGGCCAUGCUCCAUCCUUUUUGAAGAAGACGAAUCGGUUCGGAACGCCAUACAAUGCUGUCUCUGUCUGCGCAGCAGUUGGAUUCCUUUCGUUCCUCAAUCUGUCGAACAGUGGUACAGUCGUAUUCAACUGGUUCCUGAGUAUUACCUCGGUUGCCGGAUUUAUCGCCUGGGCCAUCAUUUCGCUUUGUCACAUUCGCUUCAUGAAGGCUCUUUCGCUUCAGGGAAUAUCACGGGCCAGCCUCCCAUACCUCGCACCCUUCCAGCCAUAUCUUUCCUGGUAUGGUCUCUUCUUCAGCACGUUGAUUAUUAUUACCAGUGGCUUUGAAGUGUUCAUCGAAUGGGAUACUAGCAAGUUCUUUACGAACUACAUCAGCUUGAUCUUAUUCCUGGCCAUGGUUAUUGGCCAUAAGUUGCUAUUCAGGACAAAGACGGUUCCGCUGGAUGAGAUGGAUCUUAUAACGGGAACAGAGAUCUAG